UGAGCCGAACGGCACCCGUAAUACUUACGCGCUUUGCCUGUACGAGACAAACCCACCAGAAACAAACGACAAAAAACUCUUUGUAAGUUUCUACAAAAAAAUGGCGGUUCUCCCGUUUUAUGAAUUCUCUAAAUUUGGAAAAGAAGAUGACAAUUUAAAAUGGUUGAAAUACACUGGCAGAGUUGAAAUCCGUAUGACUUCGUCGGAGGUUUUUGAGCAAAAUGUUAAAAAACUCACAAAGCUUUCUGAGGUCGUUGACACAAUCGUAGACUGCUCUUCUCUUUCCAUCGACCAAUGUUACAGCGUCUUAAACGCCGGAGCUCUGGCAAUUGCUGUUACGGAGGAGAUGUUGCCUGAACUCUCAUCGAUUACUCCUAGCAGACUUGUUCUUAAGACUUCUUGCACAGAUGUCGAGAAGCUCGAAAAGUGUCUCCAAUUUGCUUCAUCUAUUCAAUUGGUUGCCUGUGAGUCUGGUUAUCGUCCUGAAUUUUUGGAAAAAAUGAGCAAAAUUGUUAGUCAAGAAACUAUGAUAGAGGGUGGCAGCCGUGUGCUGUAUCUGGAGUAUCCUAGUAUGCCUAGCAUGGAACAACUCAAAUCUAUUUCUGUUCAUUCAGUCACGCCUGUGCUUACAAGUGCUUUCCUGACUGUUGACAAGGCUGAAACUGACAAGCUUCAUUUAGCUGAUUUGAUUCUUGUGAACGCUGUCACCGACAGACCCGACGGUCUGUACACCACGCUUGUUGUCGACGAGCUUGGUGGUGCCUUGGGUCUUGUUUACUCGAGCAAGGAAAGUGUUGCCGAAAGUAUGAAGACCGGCACUGGUGUAUACCAGUCUAGAAAGCGUGGUCUCUGGUACAAGGGUGCCACGUCUGGCGCUGUCCAACAUUUGAUUCGUAUCGAUCUGGACUGUGAUCAUGACUGCAUCCGUUUCGUCGUCUAUCAAACCGGCAAGGGUUUCUGUCACCUUGACACUCAACACUGUUUCGGUCACAGCUCUGGUCUUCCUCAGCUUGAGCGUGUUUUAAAGUCUCGUAAGCAAAAUGCCCCCGCUGGUUCUUACACAGCCCGUCUCUUCUCUGAUCCAACAUUGCUUCGCGCUAAGAUUAUGGAAGAGGCCGAGGAGCUCUGUGAUGCAGCCACGAAAGAUGAGGUUACAUGGGAGAUGGCUGACCUGAUUUAUUUCGCCAUGACUCGCUGCGUUGCCGCUGGUGUAUCUCUCGAAGACAUUUCUCGUCAUUUGGAUCUGAAACAUCGCAAGGUGACGAGACGUGCAGGCAAUGCUAAAGCUGCUUGGACUGCAAAGUUGGAGGGUAAGGCCGUUGCCGACGUCAAAGAAUCCAAGUAGAGAACAUCGUGCUACCUUUUUCCUAUCUUUGCUCCGUGUUUUCCGUUCCUUUCUCCUUUUCUAUUCUUUUUGGUAUCCGUUUAUAUAGUUCACCACUCAUGAAACAAGCUGUUACCGAAAAUGAUACUCGGCGGUCUGCAAACUAUUUCGUACAAGUAUUUUGAGUAAUACAUGUAAAAGUUCUUCCCAUACAUAAUCACCCAAUACCUAGAAUAAUCAAUACAACUUGCUUAAACAAGCAAGCUGGUAUACUUAACUGCAACACUCAAUCCCAUUCACGUGCUGGUUCACAAAGUAAGAAGAACGAAUACACAGAAUUAUUAUUUUUGACCAGUUAAUACUACAAUAAACAAAUAGUACACGGGAGAAGACGCAUGAUAAGUGAUGCAUCAUCACCUUUGUAACAAUACACGGAGGAGGAAUUGCUGAACCAAAAAGGAGCGGUAUUCAGACGACAUUAGGAACGGCCAUGUAGGACUGUUGACCCGAAGAGAUACCAAAAAGUCGGCGAAGAUGACGACGUGGAAAGGAUAGGAA